AUGAAGAGAGAAAGGGAGGAAGACAGUGAAGAUGAAGUCUUUGAAAGAAGAAGAAAAGUGCACAAGCAGGAAAAAGACGUAAAAGACGAAAUAGAGGAUCUUUUCGAAGAGAACUCAACAGAGCAUAGUGUUGAGGAAAAAAGCGAAGAAAUCAACUCGUGGGGGAUAACAGGCGGAGUGGCUGCGGGCGUGCUUUCAAAGAUCUUUGGAGACGGAACAGACUAUCUGCAAACGCUUGAGUACUACUCCAGGCAAAAUGUGCCGGAAGAGGCGGCGCAGGAGGACCCGAAAGACGCCGGCGAAGACGCGAAGGGCGUUGAUCAGGAGGAUCUGGUUGAAAGAGUCUCGGAAUUUCUUCAGGAAACUGUUUCUUCUAUCCCCAGAAAAAGCAUUGAAAAGAUAGUCGCUGGCUUCGCUGGCGGAAGAAGCCUGGACGAGGUUGUGAUGGAGUCUUUCUACUGCCUGAACAGCCCGCAAAGCCACCUGGCGGUCCUCCAGGCGCGGGGCCUUGUUUGCUCGUACAAAGAAAGAAAGAAGAUAGUUUCCCACCUCCCCAGCACGGCUGACGAAAACAUAAAGGCAGUUGCAGCGUGCGCACACACGCUGAACACGCUCGAAGAAUGCACGCGGCUUCUGCAGUAUGUCUAUGGGCUGCAGUCGAAAACAUGCACAGACGAGGACAGAAAGGUCGCUGUAAAGGCAACGCACAGGAUGGUGUAUGGCGCAGGAGAGAGCCCGGAUGCUGCAGGCACAGAGGGCAGCUCUGGGAAGCUGAAUGGGCUUUUGUACAACCCGUGGAUAUUCCGAAUGGCCAUAGAGAUUGGCAUGGAGAUAUCUGAAAUUGAAAUUGUUGGAGGCGCCUCCGUGAAACUGCUGGCCCGAAUGGUGUCGGGCGCAGACAUGUACUUGCUGCAAAACCUCAGGGCCAGAGGGGGCUCGUACCGGCUGAUCAUAAACAAAGAAGAAACAGUCAAAAGAAUCGUGGAGAAGCUGAGGGGCGUGUGCAGCGAGGGGGCGCUGAAGGAGGCGGUUUUCCAGUUUGUUGAAAAGCUGGCAGAGGACAUUUGCCAGGGAGUGGAGAAAGAGCUGGCGCUUUUUUCAGAAGAGCACGUGAAAAUGGAGCUUCUGGGAAAGGCCUUGAGCAUUCUGGACAUGCUGCCGGGAAAGGAGCCGGUGCUUGGCCUGUGGGCGGACCGGGGAAAGUUUCGGUACGCAAAAGUCGACAGCCGAGAAGCAGUGCUUGCAAGCGGGGUGGUGCAGGGAAGAGACGCUCUAAACUUGGAUGAGCACAGAGGCAUAGUUGCGGUUUCCGGGAAGGGGUACAAGCUCAAGCAGCUUGCCAGGACAGAAAACAAAGCUUACAUUGCAGAAGGCGUUUUGAGGGCCAUGGGCGAGCCAAAGGACUUUCCAGUGCUUCUGUGCAAAGCGGUGAGAAACCCGCUGAGCGCAAUAGAAGGCCUUAUGGGGUGCGAGAAGGAGAUGCCAGCCAUAGUUCCGAUGCAGAGAAUGCUGAAGAAAAACGCUGCAGUGGAGGUGCUGGAGUACGCUGCUGCAUACAAAAAAGCAGAGGCAAGUGUGUGCGCCUCGCCCGAGUAUGCGCAGAUGAAGAAGGAGGUCUACGAGUUUGUGAAAAGCGGAGGAGACCCUGAGAUUGUUCUGGUAGACAGCUGCGCUUCCUGCGAGGAGGUCCGCAGAGCGGUUAAAGAGACGGUUGUUCCGCACACAGGAUGGAACAGGCCCAUAAACGAGCCCGUGAUCGAAAACAAAGUAUACCGGAAGGCGUACACGCAGUGUGUGGGCCGGCUGGAGGGCAUUUCAGAGGUUUCUUCGGGGAAGGGUCUGGGGAAGGACGAAGAGUUUAUGUUGUACAACGGCAUAUCCGAAGAAGAGUUUCUGUGCAUGCAGACUUCGUGGAGCCUUUCUUCAGGAGCAAAGAUAAGCAUGCCGGGGAAGGUGCUGGGCGGAACCAUAGUAAAGGCCGGGCAGGAGACGCAGAUAAGGCUGAGCAACGGGGUGUUUGCAGUGCUGGGGGAGGUCGCGAGAGAGGGCCUGGUCAACGGGCAGGAGCUGCAGGUGCGCGUGUGCGGGCUGGACAUGCUGAACUACAGAGCUGUUGUGAAGGAAGAGAAGAAGGGCGGCGAGAAUUUGCUUAGGGCGGCGUCGCACUGGCGAGUGAAGAGCGUUUCGGCAAAGAUGGCCUGCAGGCUUCUGAAAGACAAGAAGUUUGGGUCUUAUGUGCUGCGCGUGUCUUCGUCCCACCCAGACUCGCUGAUUCUCACAAUAAGAAUCACAGAAAACCCAGACAAGUUCUUCUGCGUGCACACCCGAAUAAAGGAAAUCCGGAACGGAUACGAGCUGGAGGGACGCGUCUUUAGCGACAUAGAGAGCAUCACAGAAACAUAUAUACCAAACUAUCUGAAAACCGUCCGGCGGAUUAUGGAGCACAGAAAGUUCACCACCGAGCCCGUGGAGGCGAUAAAGCAGAGGCUCGCGCAGGGAAAGAAAAAGGAGCUCUCGGAAAGAUGUGCGCUUUCCGUGUGCAAGACAACGCCCGGAUGCGCCUUGUUUGUGUGCAUGAUGCCUGGAGAGGAGGCGCAGGAAGUUCUGCUUCCCAUCACGGAGCGCGGCCUGUACUUUGACAGAAAAGUGUACGCCAAGCCAGAGGAUUUCAUCAGCGCAUUCGAGAAGAGGAGGCUGCAGGAGUAG